AUGAAGAUGGAGGAGGCAGUGGGAAAAGUCGAAGAACUCAUUGAGUCUGAAGUCCCACCAAAAACAUCUGAACAAGAGACAGCUAAGGAGGAAGAUGGAUCUGUAGAACUGGAAUCUCAAGUUCAGAAAGAUGGGGUAGUGGAUUCUACAGUUCUUUCUUCAAUGCCCUGCUUAUUGAUGGAACUGAGAAGGGACUCUUCUGAGUCUCAGUUAGCAUCCACAGAAAGUGACAAGCCGACCACUGGCCGAGUUUAUGAGAGUGACUCCUCUAAUCACUGCAUGCUUUCCCCUUCCUCUAGUGGUCACCUGGCUGAUUCAGACACGUUGUCUUCUGCAGAAGAGAAUGAACCCUCCCAGGCAGAAACAGCAGUGGAAGGAGACCCUUCUGGAGUGUCUGGUGCCACCGUCGGGCGCAAGUCUCGGCGUUCCCGAUCUGAAAGUGAAACAUCUACUAUGGCUGCCAAGAAAAACCGGCAAUCCAGUGAUAAACAGAAUGGCCGAGUCGCCAAGGUUAAAGGUCAUCGGAGCCAAAAGCACAAGGAGAGAAUCAGGCUACUGAGACAGAAAAGGGAGGCUGCUGCACGGAAGAAGUAUAACCUAUUGCAGGACAGUAGUACCAGUGAUAGUGACCUGACUUGUGAUUCAAGCACGAGCUCAUCAGAUGAUGAUGAAGAGGUUUCAGGGAGCAGCAAGACAAUCACUGCAGAGAUACCAGAUGGACCUCCAGUUGUAGCUUAUUAUGAUAUGUCUGACACCAGCUCUGACCCAGAAGUGGUAAAUGUGGACAAUUUAUUGGCGGCUGCAGUAGUUCAAGAGCACAGUAAUUCUGUAGGAGGCCAGGACACAGGAGCUACCUGGAGGACCAGCGGGCUUCUAGAGGAGCUGAAUGCGGAGGCAGGUCAUUUGGAUCCAGGAUUCCUAGCAAGUGACAAGACAUCAGGUGGCAAUGCACCUCUCAAUGAAGAAAUUAAUAUUGCCUCUUCAGAUAGUGAAGUGGAGAUUGUGGGAGUUCAGGAACAUGCAAGGUGUGUUCAUCCUCGAGGAGGUGUGAUUCAGAGUGUUUCGUCGUGGAAGCACGGUUCCGGCACGCAGUAUGUCAGCACCCGGCAAACACAGUCAUGGACCGCUGUGACUCCCCAGCAGACUUGGGCUUCACCCGCGGAAGUUGUUGAUCUUACCUUGGAUGAGGAUAGCAGACGUAAAUACCUACUGUAAUACAAGGUCACUGUGUUUCCUCUGCACUGUUCCCUUCCACUUCCUCCUCCUCCUCUUUGUGACAUGGAAGUUCAUUGUCAUAGCUUCAGCCUCAGAAGCUGUUUGUGGCAUUUGUAUAAUCGAAACUCAUGGAAAAUUGCCCCCCUCCCCUCCUUUUUUUUUUUUUUUUUUAAAUUAAAAGAAGUCACUUAGGAAAAUAACUUAGCACAGAGAAAAGAAUUUCUUCUUUCCCUCAGUAGAAAUAUGAGGAUGAUGAAUUUAUUAGAGAGCUUCAUUUUACUUGGUGACUUUUGAUCUUAGGAAACUCUGCCUUCCUUUUAGAAUAAUAUUUUAAUUACCAGGUGAAAUGGAUUUCAGUUUUUGAAUCUUGUAUUUAUUUUUCUGUGUAAUAAAAUUAAUAUCUAGACUUGACCACUGUCAGCCCACCCAUUGGCACUCCUACCUUAGGGCAUUUGCACACAUUUAGUCAGGUCCUUCUUGGCACCUAGUAGGGCAUGUGCAUUUGAAAACCUGUCCUUAAAAAUAGAAGACAGAAGUAUUACUUUUCUUUUAGCUUAAGUCUUCUGCCUUCUUUCCUGACUUUGCUCCUGGCUGACUUCCCACAAUACAAAUAAUUGAUAUGGCCCUUUGUGUUUAUAAAUACUGCUAAGGUGACUUAGUUGGUCUCCUUGUUGCAAUAAUUCAUAACUCUUUAUAAAAUGUCUGCUUUUGGGGCAGAGGCAUUUCAGAUAGAUACCCACCAUGAGGUUUUCUGGGCAUGGGAGGAGAGUAUUGAGAGAUCAGUAGGAAAAUCUCUCUCCCUCAACUUUUUUUCCUGGUUUGUUCAAAUAACGGGAGAACACAGAUACCUAUUAUUUAGGUAGAAUAUGAA